UCUUGCAACCCUCAAAGGAAACAAACAAUUAAUUGAGCAGAUUGUAAAAAGUGGAACGACAGAGCACCUUGCGGUGUUCAGUGAGUGUGUGAAGCAACUUUUGGGUGUUUUCUCUUAUGGAGGAACAAAACACUAUGGGAUCUACACAAUCGAUGAGACAUAUGAGACUAUUUUGGAGCAACUACUGAGAACUGGAUGCAAAGUUGAUCCCGAGUUUCUCUUACUUUGUGCUGCAAGUCAUGUAUCACCGGCUGCACUGAGAUGUGUCUUUAAGGUGUAUCCACAUGUCAAUGUUGAUAAGAUGUGGGUGAGUGUGUCAAGCACUGCUUUAAGGGAUGCGCUGGAACAUGGUGGAGUUGAAUGUGUCUCCUUGCUCCUUGAACAUGAUGCCAGUAUACCUAUCACAGAAGCUAUUCCAUCAAAGGCCACUGUACUUCACAUGGCAGCAAAGUCUAAAAACCAAAGCUUUGAGAAGCUAAAAAUAUUAUACGAUAAACUCUUAUUGGUGCAUCAGAUCACUGAUGUACUUAAUACAACACAGCACACCAACAGAGGCGGGCGAAUCUGAACAUAUUAAAACGAUUAACUAUAUUAACAGACAGGAUUUCCUGGAAAGGACACCUCUUCAUGGCGCAUCACGUACGGGCAAUGUACAGUCUGUGAAAUUCUUGAUAAGCAUUGGCGCUGAAGUAGAUGCACAAGAUGAUGAAAAUCAAACCCCACUCUACCUAGCUGCAACUGAAGAUACGUUUGAAUGUAUCCAAGCUUUGCUUGAGGCCAAAGCUUCUGUUGAAAUGCAGAGUUCUUUUGGUUAUACACCUCUAAGCUCGCCGUUCAGGAGAAGUAAACAAACCACGAGUGCGCUUCUGGAUGCUGGAAGUGAAAUAAACCACCAAGGUCGGAGAAAUGUUACAUGCCUGUAUACAGCUGUUCAGUCCGGCGACAUCGAUAGCGUCAAACUACUCUGUAGCAAAGGUGCUAAUGUUCACACAGAAGUUCUAUUUGAGGCAGUUAUGAAAGCUGAUAUUGAUAUUAUGACCCAGUUAUUUGAGAAUGGCGCAGAGGCUGACAUCACAGAUGAAACUAACAGCUCUCUUGUGCACAUAGCAGCUAUGUCAGAUACAGAUCCUGUUGAGAAGUUGGUGUAUCUUCUUCGUGAACAGCAUGCUCCUGUUGAUGUUGUAGAUACACUUGGAAGAACGGCCUUGUUUUCAGCAGUACUUUCUAAAGAUGCUGGAGUAGUGGAAGUAUUAUUGGAACAUCAGUUUAAUUAUAUGCAUGUAGCUAACAAUGGUUCGUCUGUUUUGCAUGUACUUUGUGAAGACACUCACUACUCCGACACUGUUCUUGAAGUGUUGACAAAACUCGGCAGUGACCUCCUGAAUAUGCAGACCCCAACGGGUCAAACGGCUCUUCAUUAUGCUGUACAGAACGAUCGUGCAAAGGGAACUCAGAUGUUACUUGAACAAGGUGCUAACCACUCCAUACAAGACAUAGGAGGGAUGACAGCCCUUCAUCUUGCCGCAAUAUAUCAAAACAUUGACUGCUUUCAUCUGCUUCUUCAUUUCAAGGCUGACCCGUAUAUCAAAGAUGCUCAAAAACGCACUGUUCUACACUACCUUGCCACAGGUGAAAGGAGUACUAUUGAGCAAUUGGAAAACAUUUGCACUUUUGUAAAUGAAGCUGAUGAAGAUGGAUGGACUGCUUUGCAUUGUGCAGCAAAGUCUGGAACAAACGAAACCAUGCAGUAUUUAAUUGCCAAGGGUGCCGAAACGUGUGUUGUGGACAACAACGGCAAAACAGCCCUUCAUAUAGGAUGCGAAGAAGCUAAUUGCAAAGUGCUGAACAUUUUAUUACACAGCAGGACAGUUAUUUCAAUGCUAGACAAGAACAUGAGAUCGCCACUACAUCUUGCUGCAUUAAGUGGGUGCAGUUACGCUGUGGAGCUACUGCUUGAAAAUGGGGCUGAUCCAUAUAUCAAAGACAUUAAACAGAGGAAUCCACUUCACCUUGCUGCUCUUAGGUCUAUAGACAGUAACUGUAUCAAGUUGUUGCUUCGUGUAAACGUGGACCCCUGUGAAGGUGAUAUCAAUGGUGACACGCCUCUUCAUCUUGUUUGUAAGAGCAGGAUCACUUCAAACGAUAAACUACUACACCAGAUGGGUGUUGUUAUGGACAUUCUAAAUAGUCAUGUGAAAAUAGGGCGGAAAGAACAGAGGGAGAUGGCAUACCAGGACUUAAUCAGUGGCUUAAAUCUUUUUCUGGAAAAAGGAGCUAACCCAAACAUACAGAACCAUCACGGACAAACACCACUACACUAUUCGGCUCAAAGAGGACACAGAGAAUGUGUCGAACAACUCUUGAGGUAUGGAGCCGAUGCUUCCUUGCGUGACCCAAAACAGAACUCCUCUCCAGUAUGCAUUAGCUGCAAUCAAAACAUGGAGUACCCACUGCAAGAAAUGGGCAGAUGAAUAUAUGUCUGUCGUGAAGACUCUUUCCUCCAUUUACACCAUUGUGUAUGAUCGUCAUCUGACGCCGCUGGAUGUAUUUCUAUCAUCGGAGACUGAGGAAAAUAUUGAAUCUGAAGGGGAAGAAUCAUAUGAGUAUGACGAUCCCAGUGUUGAUGUGGAUGAGUAUAAGAAGGAGGUUACUGCCAUAUUGCAAGGGUAAUCUUAAUCUCUUUCAUGAGGCAAGGAUCAUUAACACACAACAACAGCUUGACUGAUAUUGUAAAUGAAACCCGUUCCACAAUUUUAAGACAUACCAGCUGAAAGAAGAGGGCGUACAAAAUCAUAUUGAAUAUAUGUUUAUACCCAGCUUUCCUUUUGUGUUGAGUAAUAAGGUGCGAUCCCCACAGUUUGGUGACUCUGUUUCACAACUCGUGAGGUAGAAUAGAACACGGCCUUUCUAUGAAGGUUUCCAAGAAUGCCAUACGAAUCAUCUUCAAAGAUGUUUGAUCAGAAUUACUGUAUUUCAAAACCCAAAAUUUCAAAUGUUUUGUGAUAGACAUGUCGAGAAAAUUUCCAAAUUGUACACAUAAAUGAAUUCAAAGAGGAGCCCUAAAAACUUCCCUAUUUUGCAUGUUCUCGUGCUGUCUCAGAAAGACAAGCUCCAACAUUUCUGCAUUAUUGUGCGUCACCUGCUCAGUUUCGACGUACAGUUCUGAAGGUACCAGAUGUUUAUGAGACCACCUUCUUACCUGAAAAGGCAAUGGCUGAUUGUUUAAUUUUCGACAUUUGUUACAAUUAUGUGCAGCAUUAUUUAUGUUCAAUUACUAAUAAAGUGUCAGUAUGUAUUAAUCUCCCCCGUUACAAGUUCGUACCAGGGCUCUAUCUGAGGACUUUUAUCUUACUUGCACCCAGUGCAACCUUAGGUAAUAACCUUGUUGCAUCAGACAAAACGAGUUGCAACUGCUGCUCAAUAUACAAUUCUACAUAAUGUU